UGGUCCGUCCGUCGUCCGGCCGACUCGAGGCACCAGAGCCGCGGAUUUCGCGCGAGAUAUAGAACCAUAAACACACACACAUAUAUAUAUAUAUAUACAUAUAUAUAUAUAUAUAUAUAUACACAGGUUCGCACACGUACGUAGGCCACGCACGCACGCACGCACGCACGCACGCACGUACGCACGCAGCCAGGCAACUACGUACUACUCGACCAGGCAGCCAGGCACGAACGAACGAACGAACGCACCCACGCACGCACGCACGCACGCACGCACGGACGCGGUGUCCCGCGUGGACAGACGGACAGAGUCGCUCGGUGGUACACGUGCGCACACACAGCCGGUGUGUGUAUCGUGGAUGGUACACGGGUAUAAAGAAAGGAAAAGGAAGGAAAAAAAGUUCAGUGUGUGACACGAAAUAGUGUGGAACAGAAAGAGAGUCGCGUCCCACGUGCCGUUUUCGGAGAAACUCGAAAGAGAGAUUUAUUGUAAGUGCCCGCGGUGUUUCCGGGAUGAUGAUGGCUCGAGUGUGUUAUUACUGGCCAAGUUGAAACCGCCGCGUUUCUUCCGCAUGGGAUCGUUCAGGAAGUGGAUUAGCGCGCGCGGGGAGGUGUGGCUCCCUGACAGUGUCGAUGGUGAAGUACUACAGAACCAGUGAUUCGGUUAAACCGCGACCGGAAUCGCCGAGUGCGGAACCGACGAGGUCCUCGCCGUGGCGUGGACCGAUCGCGCGUCGGACCGUCUGAGCGAGAUUUUUUUUUUUUUACCUGCCCCCCGAUACACACGCAAACCCUCCCCCGGCAAACCGGAUCACCGAUCGCCAACAAUCGACAGAGAUCAACAGGCAAGAAGGGAUGUCACGGAGAAAGCAAGCCCGACCGAGCCGUGCCCACCUCGAGGAGGAUCUUGUCCAGGGCCCACUGCUGAUCAAUCCCGUUGGAAACGUGAACGUAACCCGAGAGGAAAAUGAUUUUACGUCGGAUGGAGAAGAGAGUGGCGGUGCAGGAGCUGGCGGAGACGAAGCCGUGGACCUCACGGCUGCCAGGUCUCAUCAAGGUGACGAGGAUGACAAGGAUCAGGAAGACGUUUUGGAGGAGGAUGAGGAGGAUGGCGUGGACGAGCAGGACGAUCAAGAGGACGACGAGGAAGGAUCGAGGAAGCAAAUGCACCAUAGGCAGGAUGCUGAGAAUAACAAUAAUUUCGUGGACGGUGGGACACCGGCCGGCUUAUUCCCACCGGCUGGAACUAGUCACGUCACCUUGGAAGCCCUUCAGAACACGAAAGUGGCUGUCGCUCAGUUCGCGGCGACGGCGUUGGCCGGUGGCGCGGACACCGAGGCUGCUCUCCAAGAUUUGGCGCUGCUGCAAAGCACCCUGUACACCCUGCAGCAUCAACAAGUGUUCCAGUUGCAGUUGAUCAGUCAACUCCAGCAACAACUCUCCAUAACGCAUAAUCAAACGGUGCAGCAGCAAGCACCGGGCGAGCCGUCGGACAGCAAAGAGAUAUCACCGUCGCCGAUAAUUCAGCCCAAACCUUUAUCGAGCCUUACUUCGCCUCCCUCGUCGCGCCCGCCGAGCCACCAGCAAACCUCGCCAGCUCCGAUGACACCCAACCUCGCCCAGGAACGGCCCACACCGACCAGCAGCGCGUCCCCGUUGAACCUUCCCCUGGCUUCGACGAACGCGACAGGCACGACCGCGACCACCAGCACCAGCAGCCAGGUGCCUAUGUCUCAUCAGAUUCCGCCUCUCUGCUCGAUCAGUUCUUCCUUAGCUUCGUCGAUAAUAACCAACACCGAUCCCCCACCGUUGCACGAGCCGAAUACCCUGGAGAUGCUGCAGAAGAGAGCCCAGGAAGUUCUGGACAACGCCAGCCAAGGACUGCUGGCGAACAACCUGGCCGACGAGUUGGCGUUCAGGGGAGGGAAAGGCUCCCGCCUCUCUCCGUACGACUCAAAGUCCGGAAGCGGUCGCGGGGAGCCGUUCUUCAAGCAUCGUUGCCGGUAUUGCGGCAAGGUGUUCGGCAGCGACUCGGCGCUUCAGAUCCACAUACGAUCGCACACAGGUGAGCGACCCUUUAAAUGCAACGUCUGCGGCAGCCGCUUCACCACGAAAGGGAACCUCAAGGUCCACUUCCAGAGGCAUACGGCCAAGUUUCCACAUGUUAAGAUGAACCCGAAUCCUGUUCCGGAACACCUGGACAAGUACCAUCCACCCCUGCUACAGCAAAUCGCCUCUGGUCAGAGACCGAUGCCGUCCCCGCCACCGCCACCGCCCUCUCACCAUCCCUCCUUCCACCCGGCGGCGGCCCACGGUUUUUUACCCCCCCAACCUCCCCUGCCGCUCAGCCUAGCCCUUCCCGGUAUGCCACCCCUGUACAGAUCGCCGGUUGUUGCUCAUCGGGACGAUCAGGACGUGCCGGAGAACUUGAGUAAACCCGUUACCACUGCCCCGACCACGUCCCCACAUUCCCCCGCGGUUGUGUCCAACUCUCGUCAUUCCUUUCACGACAAUCACCUCCACCAUCAUCACCACCAUCACCAACAACAACAACAACAACAACAACAUCAUCAACAACAACAACAACAACAUCAUCUUCAUCAUCAACAACAACAACAGCAGCAGCAGCAACAAAAGCAGCAACAACUCGAGCAAAGGGACGAGAUCAAGCUCGAGCACCGAUCGCCUAUGCAGGACCAGUAUCAGCACCAGCGGCCUACGAGUCACGAGCCCGCCGAGAGGAUAACGCCUAAGAAAGAGCCGGAGGAGGCCGAGGAGCCGACGGAGGAGGAUAGCGAGGAUUUCGAGGAGGCGACCAGACGGUAUUUGAAUUCACCCCAAUCCUCUGUCAAUCCACCCUCUCAACCGCAGACUUACGAGGACUGUAGCAUGGACAGUAAGAUGAGCGGCCGACUCGAAGGUGACGCCGACAUGGAGGUCGACGAGGAAAUCGAGGAGCAACCCGAAAAUUUGUCCGGUCGGGGAACGAUUAAUCGUUUGCCGCAGCACAUUGUCGCGUAUCCCGGGGCAUCCCCCGCGAGCAGUAGCGCGAGCAGCGGUAGCCUUCAAACAUCCUUCGCGGGGAUUCUGUUCCCAGGGCCGCCCGCGCAUCACCAAAUACCGCAUCAUCCAGCCCCAACCACGGUAAACACGUCCGCUGUCAAUACGAACGAGAUGAUCGAUCCGGCCAAGGAUCCAGCCAUCUAUUCCAGCCUGUUGCCACGGCCGGGCAGCAACGACAACUCGUGGGAAAGUUUGAUCGAGAUCACCAAGACCUCGGAAACGUCCAAGUUGCAGCAAUUGGUGGACAACAUCGAGCACAAAUUGACCGACCCGAACCAGUGCGUGAUCUGCCACCGAGUGUUGUCCUGCAAAAGCGCGUUGCAGAUGCAUUACAGGACCCACACGGGCGAGCGACCGUUCAAGUGCAAGAUCUGCGGCCGGGCGUUCACCACAAAGGGUAACUUGAAGACUCACAUGGGCGUGCACAGGGCGAAGCCGCCGCUCAGGGUGUUGCAUCAGUGCCCCGUUUGCCACAAGAAAUUCACGAACGCGCUGGUGUUGCAGCAACACAUACGGCUGCACACCGGCGAGCCAACGGAGCUCAGCCCGGAGCAGAUUCAAGCCGGCGAGGUGAACGAGUUCCCGCCCGGUUAUCCGCACCACCCGCUGGCAUCCUUCCUCCCGCAGGGCUUUCCACCCAUUCACCCUGCCGGAGCCGGCUUCCCCUUGAGUUUCCCCCCGACACGGCAACAGGCGUUGGAAAGACAGGCUCAGGAGAACGACGUGGACGGGAAGGACGAGCCGCAGCACCAGCAUCAGCAUCAACAUCAACAUCAGCAUCAACACCAGCACCAGCAUCAGCACCAGCAUCAGCAACAGCAGCAGCAACAGCAGAGGUACCCGGGCGAGGAGCACAGCGAGGAAGCGGAUGAUCAGGAUGACGAGGAGGAUGAUCGUAGGGAGGAAGACGAGAGGUGUGCCAUGAAUCGCGAAGGUCGUGGCGACGUGGAGGACGAGCAGGAUCGCGAGAGCGAGGAUAACGAGCACAAAGAGAUCUCUCUACCGAGUUUCUCCACUUCUUUGGCAGCUCUGGAGAACCAAGUUCGAACGAUCACGACGACGGCCACGUCGACGGCAGGGAAUAUGGCCAGGUCGCCCCCGUUUCAUCGGUACAACGGGAGCGAGAAGAGCAACAGCCCGAUGAAUUCGGGGGCCCCGUUGGACUUGACACCCCGGGCAUCGUCCACUCCCGCUUCGGUGGCUUCCGUGCCAACGCCACCUCCGCAAACCACGACCCAACACCCGCACCCGUUCGGCAUGUUCGCAGGCCUGCUGCAAGCGGUCUCAUCGUCGCCGUCUACCAGCAGCAUCGGUUCGUCGAGCAUAAACAGCGUGAGCUCGAUGAACGCCGUGACUCCUGGAAGCGGCGCCGCCGGACCCUUGGCUUCCCUGACCACGUCAGCCGUGUUGGCUGCCACGUCGACCUACAAUCCGCUCGGCCUGGCUGUCGGAGGGCCAGCAGUGCGUGGAAACACCACAUGUAAUAUCUGCUACAAGACAUUUGCGUGCAACUCCGCGCUGGAGAUCCAUUACCGGAGCCAUACGAAGGAACGACCUUUCAAAUGCACCAUAUGCGACAGAGGAUUUUCGACCAAGAACGAUGGUUCCGGGCAGCAAGCAUGCGUCUGUGCGUCUCAACCGUUGCCCGCUAACAGUUCGAUCACUUCACCCGAUCCUCAAUUCGGAUCACCGUGCGCCAGUAGUCGAGAAAAAGCGAAACGCAGGCGGCGGCGGCGACCUGAGGAUCGGAAGAACCGGGGGCGGAAAGGAGCCGGAGGGGGGCGGGGGCUUACGCCUGUCUAUCCUGCCAUCCGCCUACCCCCGCUGAUGUCGCCCGCCCUCGGACUUCUACCCUCGGCGCACAGCCUCCUGGGGAACAUGAAGCAGCACAUGCUGACCCACAAGAUCCGGGACAUGCCGCCCCAUCUGUUCAGCGACUCGAAACAGCAGCAGCAGCAACAACAACAACAGCAACACCAGCAACAGUCUCAGGAGCACGAGACCUCGAGAAGUCCUAUGUGCGCCGAGGACUCGAGCUUACCGCCGCCUCCGCCGCCUCCGCCACCUCCUCCCCCGAUGCCUCCUACCUCGAUAGAGCAGAGCAUCGCCGUGAAGAGAUCUCCGCCCGAGGGAGAGCUGCCAGCGCCAAAGAGACCAGCCAGCGUGCCGAGCAAACACUUGUGCCAGAUUUGCAAUAAGAAUUUCUCCUCAUCUUCGGCGCUCCAGAUCCAUAUGAGAACUCACACGGGCGACAAACCGUUCCGAUGCACCGUCUGCCAGAAGGCCUUCACCACCAAGGGCAAUCUCAAGGUGCACAUGGGCACGCAUAUGUGGACCAACGGAGCUUCCCGACGAGGCCGUCGAAUGUCCCUGGAUCUGCCUCCCCUACCCAUCACCCCCAAGGACUCGGAGUUCCUCCAGCGACGGCCGGAUCUUUUCUAUCCCUAUCUACCCGCGCCAUUCCUUAACGGAGUACAGCAGAAACUGAACGAGAUCUCGGUGAUACAGAGUAACAACGGGUUACCGAGCCACUCGGUGGCCGCAGGCAAAUACGCGGGAUUGUUCGGCUCCGUGUACGCUGCCGGCGCCGGAUUCCCACUGGACAAGCAGCCAAUGGCGGCGUCCAGCAACGGGCCGUCGCUGCUCGACGGCAAAUCCUCCAUUCCAUCCGGAUCCAUGCUCUUCCAGACACCGUCGCCCUCCCACUCGCCCGGCACGCCAGGCUCCAACGGGAGCAAUCAGAACAGCGCCAACGUGUCCUCGUGGACGGGUGACGCUCUUCAGCACCACUUCGACCGAGAACCGCCCGCCAGGUCGGAAGGGAACUCGACACCGCCAUCCGCUCGACUUCCGCCACCCCCCGCGGCCAGGGGUGAGGGACUGGCCACGUGAACCUCGUUAAACACCACCGAUAACGAAUACCCUUCUUUCUCGAGGCUUCACGUUUUCGGCGAUUGAACUCCGUCCUGGCUGUUACAGACGAGACAUAAGUAGAGAGAGAGAGAUAGAGAAAGAGAGAAAGAGAGAGAGAGAGAGAGAAGAGUAAGGAAAGAGGAAAGGGAAACGUUGACGAAGGAGCCGGAGGCAGUAGUAGUGUUGGUUUUCAGUGCAUUUCGCGAGCCCAAAGACUCGGGAACCGAACGUCCGACGACAUAUCCUUCUUGAUCCCCCCAGAGCCAGAGCAGAUACCAUGUUCCUAUUGUCACACUAGUCUUAAACGCGUUCGAGAGAGGAUCUCUCUCUCCCCCCCCUUCGCCCCCUCCCCAGAGCAAGAGAUGGUCGGUCUGUUCGCCGUAUCUGUACCCUUGUUUCUGGCCAAUGUGGUCCGUUUUCGGAACUCUCCUCCCUCCCCACCCCCGCGACACGUGCUUUCGCACGAGGUACCGGCGGAUGUGACGCCUAGACUGAGCCCCCCUUUCGCACGGCCGCAAGACACGUGGCGCCACAACGCCGGCCCUCCAUAACUCUGACCGUCCAUGCGCGACAGUGAUGGUCACCUCACUCCUAGGUAUAUCGUACAUUAUUAUUAUUAUUAUAAUUAAUUAAUUAUUAUUAUUAUUAUUAUUAUUACUAUUAUUAUUCUUCUUCUUAUUCUUAUUCUUAUUAUUAUUAUUAUUAUUUGGACGGAGUAUACCGUGUGAUCGGAUAAUCUCGAACCUCUCUCCGCGUUCUCGGGCGCGAUAUUUAUAUACUUUCGGCAGCGGUAUGCGUGUAUCGUUUGUAAGAUGUUUGAUGCCGCUUUUAAAAAUUUACACCUCGGGUCCGACCACUUUUGGCAUUUAACUACUUGGCAUUUGUCUCCGCGUCGUCAUUGAUGAGAACGAGAAGAACGUUUUUCGAGGUAAAUACGAUCGUACACGUUAUAUUUCGUACACGAGAGGUAUAAAUAUAUACAUAUAUAUAUAUAAAUAAAUAAAGAAAGAAAGAGAGAGAGAAAGAGAGAAAAAAGAAAGAAAGAAAGGUGAUGACAUAUAUAUAUAUAUAUAUAUAUUAUAUUGAUGGCGAAGGGUGAAUGGCGCGAAUUGUAUGCACGUGCGUCGCUUUCUUUUUUUUUUUUUUUCGUUUUUUCUCCAAGAAGAAGGUGGUUUUUUAGAUGUUUUUCAAGCGGGCCCGGCAGCGCCCUCGCUGUGAUAUGAGAGGAGCAGCCUGCAAUCAUUUAAACCAAUGUACUUAUACUUUGUAUCAUAGUAUUAUUAUUUACACUCGAUGUACAGCACGAACCGUGUCCCGUCGUUAUUUUAUACGGAAAGACAGCCAACGUCUAUUUGUGUUCCCCGAUAUACCCAUCGAUCUCGUGUCUCUUCCUAGAUCGAAUCCUCGAUUCGUUUUCAAAUGCAUCGUUGUUCGUUUAACUCUCGAUGCGAUGUUAAUCCGACGUGUAUGCAUGUUGUGUAUGGAGUGGAGGAAAUUUUUCUUUCUUCUGUUUCUUUUAUGUUUCUUUCUUCCGUUUAUUUUAUUUUUUAAUACUAAAUUUUCCUUCCUUAUAAAAGAGAAAUCGACUUCCCUCGCGUUUGUUUCUAAAUUACGAUCAAUGUAGAAUUUGUUUUCCGAUCGCGAAAAUCUUCGAAUUUUACGGAAAUUUUUAUAUCUCGUGUAUAAAACAUCGUAUAAAAAUGCGCAUUUAUUGAUUUUCAAAUAGUAAAUUCAACCGAAUAAAUAAAAUUCGAUGAAUCGUACGAUAAACUGAAGCGAGGGGAGUCAUUGUAUGACGUAAAAUCAUUCGUUUAAAGAUUUAUUCGUUAUUAUCAAUUAAUGGAAAUCGAAAUCAAAAAUAAUCACGGGUUCGAAUACGAUAAUAAUAUCCGUUAUUAUCGAUUUUAUACAAAUUUUAUUCUUAAGGAGUAACAAAUGAAUAAUAUCUCGAAGGAAUAAUUUGAAUCGCAUUAUCGUUGUCGCGCGUUUGAGAAUCUGAGAAUAACGUUGAUUGAAGGUGCAUGCAUCGUGGACUGUGCAAUCGAUCACAUUCGUUCAUACUCGAAAAAGUAAUACUCUCGUGUAAUAAUGGCUUUCCUGUAUGUUCUCACGUUUAAUCAUGAAAUGCGAAACGAAAGGUAAAUAAAUAAAUAAAUAAAUAACUGAAUAAAUAAAUAGAAAUAAAUAAAAAUAAUAAUAGGCGAGAUACGAUACGCAUGUGUAAAAAGAAAACGUGUAAAAAGUAACAGAUAGCAGCAUACGUGUGUCCAGUAAGCACUUUACCGUAAUUUAUCUAAUUUUUAACUUUAGCUUAGGGGUAACUUCUAAAGAGCUCCGUCGAUUCGAGGACUCUAAUGCGAAAAAUGACAGAAACCACGGUGUUUUCGAUCUCGACGGUGGCUUUGUGUCAAUCAAAAAAUGUCGAAAAAAAAAGGAUUCAUCUUAACGAUCGAAGACAUCAGAUAUAUAAAUUUAAUUGAUAACGAAAUCUGUUUCGAUUUAAUCAAAAUAUAGAAAUUGGAAAUAAUAUCGAUAGUUGUAAUUUAAAAAUUAAUUUUUAUUUUGAAAUAAAAGGUAAUGAAGAAUUAUAUAAAAAAAAAUUCAUAUCCAUAUCAUUCAAGUUUUCGAUAUUGAAAAAUAGGAUCGAUACGAUUGUAUCGAUGGAUUGAAAAGAAACAAAUAGUAGUAUCCGAUGUCUUCAAUCGUAAGAAAUAAAGUGAACAAUUUUGUACGACGAGUGUGCAAAAUAGAUAGCUCAAAGUGAUGUACACAUCGAAUAAAGGGUACGAAUAUUUUUAAGCAUUCGUACAUACGUCUUAAAAAUACAUCGUACGAGAAUAAAGUUUGAUCACAAUAGUGAUUCAAGAGAAAUUGAAUCCACACCAAUAGCGGUAUUUCUUUUUUUACGAAUCGAUUCAUCGAGAUGCAUAUCGACAAACAUAUUGUUAUAUCUGUGCGACGGUUAUCCGUUCAUUUUGUAAAAGUAAACCAGAACUGAAACAGGAACAAUAAGGGAAAAAAAAAAGACAAAACAAAAAAAAAAAAAAAUAGUUGCGACAAUUACAAUCUUUUAAAGAGGUGGAACAGUUCGAUUUUUGAUUCAGCCAAGGGAUGAAAUGAAAAGAAAAAUAGAAAAAUGGGAGAGAGAGUAAAGAAAUUGAAAUUGUAAAUCCGAGGUAUAUAAAAAAAAAAAAAAAAAAAAAAGGAAAGAGAGAAAAAAAUAAGAGAAAAGGAAGAAAAAGAAGUGAUGCAUCCAAUGCUAGGAGAGAGCGUUCGAGAGUCUAAAAGGUAGUUUUUAGAAAAGGAAAAAGAAAAAAAGAAAAAAAAAGAAAAAAGAAAAAGAAAAAAAAAUCAAAAGUUUCCUCCAAGAACGACGAUCGUAUACAUAUAUGUAUGCGUGUAUAUAAAUACUGUUGUAAAUAACAAACAUGCGAUUAAGUAUAAUGGCGAACGAUGUCGGGAUAGAGAAAUCGAUGUAAAUCGUUAGUGUGCUAUUAAAAAAAAAAAAAAAUGUUUCGUAAGUUAAGUGGAACGUUUACACGUUCGAAAAGCGCGGGUUUUCGCGCUCAUGCGCAAUGAUCGUUUUUAACUAUAGAAUAGACGAAAAAGAUGGGAAAGGGAGCACGGAAAGGCUGGCAGCUAUUCCCCGAUUGCAAGUCCUGUGAAGUUGUCCAAAACAAAGUAUUGCUUGUACGAUCUUAGGUUUUUCUGUACAUAUUGUAUAAUCUAUGUAUAAACAUGAUUCUUGCUAGUUGCGAAACCUGUCUCAUUGUAGUUAAAUUACGUUACGGAUCAUUAUAUCUAUAUCACUUCAACAAUAAACAAUUAUUAUGAGGACUA